AUGCCCAAAGGAAAACAACUCACCGACGUGGAGAAGGGGCAGAUGUUGGUUCUUCACAAUGAAUGUUUGUCAAUAAGGGAGAUAGCUGAGUCCAUCAGUCGCUCGAAGACUGUCGUGCAAAACGUUUUAAAGAACCCGCCGGCAUAUGGAUCAGAAAAGAGGACGGGAAGGCCCCCAAAACUAACUCUGGCUUUAAAGAGGAGAGUCAUUAGAGAGGUAUCUAAGGGUGAAAAGUCGGCCAAUCAAACACGUAAAGCGCUUGAUCUACCUGUACACAGGUCUCGGGUUCAAGCUCUUUUAAAGAAGGAUACGCGUCUACAGUAUACUAAGUUUUUGAGUGCUAGGUUGUCCCCAUUUCAUAUGCAACAAAUCCUUGAUUGGGUUAAGAAGCAUGUCACUUGGAAUGAUAAUAAAUGGAACAAAGUAAUAUUUUCCAAUGAAAAGAAUUUUAAUUUAGACGGUCCAGAUGGCCAUUAUUAUUAUCACGAUUUGCGGAAAGAAAAGAAAAUUUUAAGCAGACGCCAUCAAGGAGGUGGUUCGUUAAUGAUUUGGUUUUGUUUUUCUUAUUACGGGCGAAACAAUUUGGUUAUCAUGUACGGUAAGCAGGAUUCAGCCAAGUACUGUACUUUACUUAAUGAUGAUUUGUUCCCAUUUGCGACUCUGUCCAAAAACCACUUCUUUGUAUAUACAAAGAAGUGGGUUUUGGCCAACGAUGUUACUGUGUUACAGUGGCCUUCUCUGUCACCGGACCAAAACUCUAUAGAAAACCUAUGGGGAAUCUUGGCGAGGAAGGUUUAUGGUAAUGGGAGACACUUUAAUGAUACUGUAGAGCUUUUCGAAGCUAUUGUGGAUUGCUGGCAAGACACCGACCACAGUAUUCUGCAGAAUCUUGUUGGGUCGAUGCAAAGGUGUUGCAUUGCUUUCCUGUAG